GCCUAUCUGCAGCCUGCAAAUUUCCGCUUCAGUUCAAGUUAGUUUCCCAGAUAACACGGGUCGUGGGGGGCUGGAGGCUAUUCCAGCUACCAUAGGGCAUGAGAUGGUGUACACCCUGGGGAGGUCGCCAGUCUGAAGCAAGGCUAACACACAGAGAGAGAGAGAGAAUCAGUCACACUCGCAUUAACACCUGUGUAUAAUUUAGAAUCACAAGUUAACCUUAUCUCACUAACUGCAUGUCUUUGGAUUGUGGGAGGGAGUUUUGCUGCAGUGUUUAAACAUUUUCAGCCAUGUCUGCUGAUCCCCUGCCUAAAACCCCAGUCUGCAUUGGUGAUUUGGUCUCACACAUCUUGCAACCCAAGCACCUUUCCAAACACCCCUGAGUGCCGAUGUCUGUGGCUACACUUCUUGGCUUCUGCUGUUACUCCAGACUUCUUCAUAUCCCCUCACGAUGAGCAGGAUGUGCAGCAGACUUUGACAGCUUUGACCUCUGUUUGACUAAGGACAGCAGGAUUUGUUUCCUGCAGGAACUGCUACGUUGUCAAGCUGAUUGUUUAAAAAUUCAAAGAACUCAAGACCUUCAGCCUCAGACCGGGCAUUCAUAGCCACCUUUCCCCUUCACCACAGUACCAUGCUGGCUGCACUACUGCGUAGGAACAUGUCUCAGAAGCUGAGUAUGCUACUCCUGGCAUUUGGCCUGGCAUGGGGACUUAUGCUGCUGAGGUACACUGUGCAGCAGCCUCGCCAUCAGAGCAGUGCAGAGUUGCGUGAGAAGAUACUGGAGCUAAGCCGGCGAUAUGUCAAAGUGCUGACAGAAGAGAACCAGAAUGCACCAGGUGGGCCACAAGGAACCUCCAUGGCAGGAUAUGCUGACCUGAAGAGGACUAUAGCUGUGUUACUGGAUGACAUUCUGACACGGCUUGUAAAACUGGAGGGGAAAAUUGAACUGGUGGUCAAUUCCUCCUCUACAAACAGCUCCCACACAGCAGGGGGCCUGCUUGCAUCUGCUCCUGUAGCCCUGCAGAAACCUGUGAAGCAGCAGGAGAAACCUGGAAGUCACCCAGGGACAUAUCGCCUUCAUCCACACAUACCUAAUAGGGCCCGACCACAUUAAGAAGGCCAAAUAUUAUAUCUUUUUUUUU